AUGAAGUAUUUAUUGUUGAUUGCCGGAAUUUGUGGAUUAAUUUUUGCAGAACCUCUAUCCAGAAAUCCCGUAAAUAACGAAAGAUAUGCAAGGCAAAUUUUAGAAAAUUCGAGAAGAAACUUUCCAUGUGGAUGGCCUGAAUAUGGAAUCGGACCAAUUGAUCCAUUAUUUUUGCCUUAUUUCCAGAUCACUCAAAGAACAAAUGGUGUUAAUGUUGUAGUAGACAUGACGAAUGUAAACUUUUUAGGCCUUAGACAUUUUAUCAUCGAAAGAUUUAUUUUCAAUGCGGAUCAGACUAUUUCUUACACUUUCUUUGUUGAUUACGCAAGAAUGGAUGGAGAUCAUAUCACACGUGGCAGUAUGGUUGGAAUUCCCGUUGUCAAUGGUCAAGGUCGAUUCUUUUCUGAAAUGUUUAAUUCACGGUAUCAUGGAACAGUCAGACACUCUACACAACCUGGUACAAACUUCAUUUUUAUGGUCAACCAAGUUACAACUGUUGAAAUUCAGCACAUGACAAUGCAAAUGACAGGAUUUGGUGCAUUAAAUGCCACAGUUAAUCAGCAAGUCAAUGACCAAAUUCCAUACAUGAUAACGAGUAUCGAAUUUCAACAACAAAUGAAUGAUAUGCUUGACGGAAUCAUACUUCCAAUUUUCAAUGCCAUUGCUAGUGGACAGACUGUUAACACAAUUACAAAUCAUUUAGCCUUUAUGGCAAGUAAUCCACGUCAAAAUUGUUAACAAAAAUGCAAAAAAUUAAUCCAAUGAUAACAAUAGCAUGUGCUUAUAGCACUUACCGUGCA